UGAUACUACAUUACACUGACACACACACACGCACACGCACACACUGCUAGCUGAGCAAACAAGGCGCAGACACAUCCCCUUCAAAUCCUCCUGUAACGUUAUAAACCUGCACAUCUCUGUCAUCCUUUAACAGCUGCUUCACACACAUCAGAGGAGGAAUUCGGGAUCAGUCUGAUUGGAACAAUUCCGACGUGGGAAAAAGGGAAGGAGCAAUCUACUGAGGGUGUGUCUGUGUUCACUGUUACUACUACGGCAUGCAGGAUGGGCCAAACGCGCUCGGCUCUUUCGCACACCGCCGACAUUCCGAGUCGAGCGAAGUGGAAAACAGGCGAUACAGCCCAGCGGCUCCGUGUCUGCGGAUUUAGGAGCGGAGAGAAGCGUCUGGUUGACCAGUCAAACAGGAAUCCGAUGAAAAAUAAAGUGCUGUCGUGUCUGGGAAGGAGAAAGCGAGACUCCAGCCCAACAGAAACGGCUUUAGGUUGCGGAAACGAAGCCGGAGAUCCAGCAGCGCGCCGCGAUCACAGAGUAGGAAAGUUGCCGAGGGACGAGGUUGUGUCGCCGGCUGAGGAACACCGAGCGUCCCCGGGUGGUUUUGAGUCGCCAUCCGGCCUCGAGGAUAAUGUGGAAGCUGUCCAACACGUCGUGAACCAAGAGGCAGCGGCUGGCUCGUCCGAUGAAGCCGGCGGAGCGGGCUGCGAGGAGCCACAAUCCCAGCGAGAAGACAAUGCAUCGGGUCCCCCGACGAGGGCCAUGGAAGACCAGCCACGGGGGGGGAGCGAGCGGGGUCGUGUUGUGUCUGGGGCUCGGGAGGCUCUGAGUCCGGCCACGCUGCUCCCUUCGGACGCCGAGCGGACUUUCUCCGACUUGUCCCCGGAUCAACCUUUGGAUCGCGGACUGACAAAAACGGACGAUCCCACUGAGGGUAACAUGACCAAACGUGGCUGCAGUAACGUGUCGUGUCGGCCCAAAGCGGCCGGGGACCCAAGCAAGUGGUGUCCGGUUGAAAGUGAGAGCCGAACGGACCCCGAUCAGCCCCCUCGUGGUCCUCCAGAGGGCCACGGUUUCCAAGGACCCAUACCGAAACUCAUCAUUACUAGAGACCCCAGUCCGAUCCGUUCUCAGGGAACACCGGCCUUGCGAUCGGAGCUCAGCACCGGCUCGUGUCUAGACCCUCACCCGGACGACGAGUCCCCCUGCUCGGACAGCGGCUGCGGAGGGUCCCCUGCGCUGAUGCGGUCACCGAGGAAGCUGUCCAACUCCUCCUCCAUCGGCCUGUCCUCCGCCUCGUCCUUCGAGGAGUCCGAGGACGACUUCACAGGGAGCGACAUCGAGUCCAGUCUGUCUCCGGCCCGGUCCAUGUGUAGCCCCGACGAUGGGACGGGGAAUAAGUCCUGGCAGAAAUUGAAGACCAUGGUUCACCGGUCCCCCUUCGUCGUGUCCUUCAAGAAGCGUUACCCAUGGGUGCAACUAGCUGGCCACGCAGGUAACUUCCAGGCGGGGGAGUACGGACGCUUGUUGAAGCGGUACUGUGAGUGUGAGGAGCAGUGCCUACAGAAGCUGAUGAAGGACACACUGCGCCCCUAUGUGCCUGGUUAUUAUGGGAUAGUACAGAGAGAGGAGCAGGAUUAUAACCUGAUGGAUGACCUGCUGGCUGACUUUGACUCGCCCUCCAUCAUGGACUGUAAAAUGGGCAGCAGGACGUACUUGGAGGAGGAGCUAAAUAAAGCCAGAGAGCGUCCACGGUUGCGGAAGGACAUGUAUGAGAAGAUGGUGGUAGUGGACCCCGCAGCCCCCACUGAGCAGGAGAGGGCCCAGCAGGGAGUCCUCAAACCCAGAUACAUGCAGUGGAGGGAGACCCUCAGUUCUACAGCCACUCUAGGCUUCCGCAUCGAAGGCAUUAAGAAAGCUGAUGGGACUUGUAACACCAACUUCAAGAAGACGAAGCACAGGGAGCAUGUGAUGCAGGCCUUGGAGGACUUUGUUGCUGGCAACACUCAGAUUCUGAAACUCUACCUGCAGCGGUUGGAAGAACUUCGCUCAGCCCUUGAGCAGUCGCACCUUUUCAGGACGCACGAGGUCGUCGGCAGCUCUCUGCUGUUUGUGCACGACGCCUCGGGGAAGGCCAAAGUGUGGAUGAUCGACUUUGGGAAGACGGUUCCCCUGCCGGCCCCUCAGACCCUGGACCACAGGACUCCCUGGACGGAGGGCAACAGGGAGGACGGCUACCUGUGGGGCCUGGACAACCUCAUAGAGAUCUUCAGCACUGUGCUCCCACAGACAUUGUGAGAAGGAGACUCAGAAGACUCCAAUAAAACAUUGAUCCAAGAAAAAAUAGGAGAUUACACAAACUGAGACUGACCAAGUAUCCAAGUGUAUUUAUCCCAUGUUGCCUGUGUCAGAAGAGAACAAAUUCAAGCACAGGAUUUCUAUUGCAAAGUGGAAUAUGCCAAAAGCCAACGUCAUGCUCGUGGAACUUGGGGACAGAUGAGUUGAGGCAAACAGUCGGAGGAAGAGAAAGGGGGGGACCUGAAUGCAGAACUUUAGUCACAUGGACUGUUGAGAGUAGUCUGAAUUCAUGGACCUCGGCAGUCACGUUUUCUUGCAGACACACACCGUGACGUUGCUCAUCUUCCUCCUCAACAUUUCCCUCUGUUGGUCACAGUUGCACACAGCACUCUCACAGCCAUGAACCUGAGAGGUGUGAAACCCUUUCACGCAGCCUUUGAGGAGCAUUGGGAGUAGUGAUUUUUGUCAUGGACCAUUUUUGAUGUUUGAGUAUACAGCAACACUAAAACACUGGUUAGACCAGGUGUCAACUAACUCGGUGUGUAAAUACAUUUUUAUUUAAAUUUGUUGGGCCUUAGCAUAACCUCCUUACCUUGUUUGUAACAUUUCUGUGCCUAACAUUUUUAGAACGAGCUGUUGGAUCAUUCCAGUGCAGUGGACUCCUGCUAUUUUUCUUCCAAAGAGUUCUCCAGCUUAUUCACUGCUUUACAUAAUACAAUCCCAAAGUUUAAAACUUCUUGCAGAAAAGUGUUUUCUAAAUUUAGACUUUCUGUAUGAUACGCAGUGAAGCUUUGUUUUUCUCAUUUAACUGUACAGUAAGCAGCUUGACGGCCAUGUUUGUGUGGAAUGUGUUGCACUAAUGUUCCUCACAAAGCCAUUGAACAAUUCAAGUGUCUUAAAAUGGGAAGCAGCAGUCAAGUACUGGGUUUACAGAUGCAGACAUUUAGACGUUGAGAACAUGGAUUUGAUUUGUCGUUGCCACUUCAUUCUCUCUGACCAGUGUUGCUUUAGAUUUGCAGGGAGUUUUACAGCAACGCAGUGGUGUAAAGGGUGAAAUGAAACUGGAAUUACCUGAUUUAGGUCUGUUUAGGUUUUUGUGAGGUUUCACUUGUCAGCUGAAACUUGAUCUUAACUGGAAAUUGUAAACGUGUCUUACGAUUCAACAAUGACACAUAAUCAAAUAGAAGAAUGUCCCUUUUAAACACGAGGACGUUGCUGUAAAUCCAUUCGCUACACACUACGUGUGCUUUGCGGGGUUGAAUCUUUUUAUGCAGGAUGGAGUGUUUACAAAGAAACAUUGUUAUGUUUAGAUAUCGAGUCACAGUGCUUAUGAGCAUGUGUGUCAUCCCGACUGGAAUGCAGCAGGUUGGUAAAAACAACAACCUCCAGUCUUCAAGGCGUCCUUUGUGAGCGUCGGGCAGCACUGUUUGGGCGUGGGUGUUCAUACAAUUGGAAUUCAAAUUCAGGAAGUUAGUUUUUCCAUUUCUUCAGUGUAAACGUACUGGGAGAGAGGAUUAAUCUAGUGUUUACAAAGUAUCAUAUUUCUUUUCCCACAACUAUCAGGUUUUCAUAGAGGGUGCUGCUUUAUUAUUUAGAAAUCUGGAUUCAUAACCAGAUUUUGUAUUUUUAAAAGGCAUACUGGUGAAAAUGUAUAUUAAUUCCCUGCUUUUUUCCAGGUCAUGGAUGCAAUAAACUGGAAAUAAGAGUUUUCAGAGUA